GCAUGUAUAGGUGAGUGUUAAAAAAAGAUGCCCAAAAAAUGCCUUAAUUUUCGCUUCACAUAACUACUUUAACAUUUUCAAAUACAUUUUAUACACUGAAGAGAGACCCAUCAUUUCACCUUACUAUAGUAUGUUUAACUUGCUUGGUAACUACUGCUAGUCUCCUCGGCUAUUUAGUUUUGAUAGAAGAAAUGCGAUUAACUUUUCAGGAUAGUAUAUACUGUAAAUUGGAUUAUUAUGAUUUCGAGGUUAAUUUCUAUUAAGCUAUCCUUUUUAUCAUUAUUAUUUAUUAUCAUCUCAUGUAUAACUUAUGAUUUGUGGUGACUCGCCUAGUAUGGCCGUAUGGGGUCUUGGACACUUGCGGGCCUCCAAUGACUACUUCUAUUUUAAAUAUAUUCUUUUUAGAUAUAUACAUUUUUCCUCAUUUUCUUUUCUUAUGUUUAGUUUUAACCUGUCAUAAAUUGUAAUAGGUACGGAUACGCUUAAGUUUAUUCCAUUUCCUAUCUCAUUGAUUAACUUACCUGGAUAAAUUCCUCAAUCUUUUCUAACCCUCCAGCGACUGUAAAGUUUUCAGAAGUCAUCCAUUUGAUAUUGGGUAUCUCAUAUCCCGUCUCAGGAUCUAUUGUGGGUUCAUCAUCUUUAACAUCAGGAACGUCUGAUUCCUUUGCCCCACUGGCGUACACCGACAAUCUUCGCCGCGCAUUAUCAAUUGCUUCGUCUACGAUCUCACGAGCCUCUUCUUCGUAAAUUUCCUCAAGCGUUCGAUUUCCAGGAACCACUGUACGGAUGAUUGGUGCAGGUUUCUUUGCUGUACCUGCAGAGGACAUCGUGCUUGAAAUGACAGACUGAAAAGGUUAUCGUUCGCUGCUUUUGGCAAAAACCCUAUCAUUCAAGUUUGUCCACCAUUUUGAUUUAACUCGGUUUCCAUGGUAACGAUCAUUAAGCCACGCAUUCCCUUUCUCAGAUACCGCUGAUUCGUGCUACCGACAUUAACUUGGAGGGCCCUUGGAGGAGCGGGAUAAACCUGGUUGAAGUACGCUUUAAGACUUAUUUCUCGCGUAACAACUUUUUAGGACAAAGAAUUUUUUUAGCUUAUACUUCUUUACAAAGAGUCAUGAAGUCUAACUAGAUGUCUGAGGAAUCUCAAAAAAUUCUGGCAGAAUGGGUGAUGGUGACUGGGGAGGGGAGGGGAGGGGAGGGGAUGAGGGAUCAGAAAUUUAAGGAUUGCUGACAUGACGGCCAUGAACUCCCAAACACUGUUGUUACCAUCAUUUACGCUUCAUUCACUCACAUUUAGUCAUCCAAUCUGAGACCAAUUAUUCCCGUGGAGUACCCCCAGAUCGCGCAAAUUCGUCGUCGACUCAUCGAAAACAAUAUGUAACCCAACCUCGUUUCUAUGAACAUCGAGUGUCGAAUGAAUGAGGACAAAUCUUUCUUCGUCCGGUUUGCUAAUAUGCGAUGUUCAUGAGCUACCAAUAUAUUCAAUGCCGGAAAUUCGUACACAUGGAAUGACCCCGCUCCUAAAUGGUUGGAACAGAGCGAAACAUGUCCGUCACUCUGAACGACUGUAGCUGGUAUCACGGACGGAUCACCCGUGAUCAAGCCAUCGACAUCUUGCUCCAAAAUGGACGGAAAGAGGGGCUAUUCCUUGUGAGAAACAAAGCUGGGGCUGAAGACAACUUUGUGUUGUCGUUAUGGCAUGCGAAUCAAGCGCUUCAUUUCCAGAUACAGUGUCGAGGAGGUAUUUAUUAUUCUAUCGAUGAUGGUCCCAUUUUUGAAGGGCUGGAUUCGCUGAUUGAGUACUACAAAGAACAGGCAGACGGUCUCCCGAUCAGACUUUCGCAGUUUUGCAAGGGGAAUCCGCCCCCUACGUCAUGUAGAAAACAUGGAGUGACAACUCCUCUUCAUCUUGCGUGUGCAGAGGGGAAUCUUAAUUUAGUGUCGGGUUUAUUGACUGGAGGAAAUCAGUCCGAUGUGAGCACAAGAAAUGAACAGGGGGUAACACCACUCCACGAAGCUGCAUUUCGAGGACAUCAAGACAUUGUUUUGCUCUUGUUAAAACAUGGUGCGGAGACGAAGUGUAAAGACGAUAACGGGAACACGCCGUUGCAGGCUGCCUGUGAGGGAGGUCAUGCGUCAGUGUGCUCUUCACUUGUAAGGAAAGGACAAGCUGACUUACAGGACCGCUCUCCUGUUACUGGAUUUGUUGCUCUUCAUAUUGCAGCAUUAAGAGGUCAUGUUGAGUGUUUGAUGAUUCUCCUGGAGCUCGGGGCUGCACUGCACCCACGAUCACAAGAAGGGGACACGCCCAGGGACCUUGCCCUUAGAUACGGCAACAUAUAUAUAGCUGAAAUAAUAGAUAAUUAUCCAGUUCAGCCUCCAAAGACUUUGCCAAGGAUGUGGUUACAUGAAAACUUAGAUAGAAAGGAAACUAUUAACCUCUUUCAGAAAUGGGGAUUAGUUGAUGGGCUGUUCCUUGUUCGUCUUAGCACGCGUGACCAUGGCUACUAUGUCCUUUCUGUGGUUGUCAACACACAGAUUUAUCAUUAUCAAAUACGGAGCAGGUCUGACAGAUGGUUCUACAUUGACGAUGGCCCAUUAUUUGAAACCCUACCUCAUGUCAUUGACCACUACAGUAGAUGUGCAGAUGGAUUACCAGUUCUUCUCAAGAUGGCUCUUCCACCUGGUGGAAAGCCUCCAGUUGUUCUUCAGAACAUCCCAGUGCCCCCUAUGAGGAAGCGACCGCCUUUAACACCAGCUAUCAGCUCUCCUGCACUGAAUACACACUCGGCCAGAAUCCUGCCUGGACUAAAUCCUUUACAAAGAUCAGGAUCUGCUGAGACCCUCAGUACUGAUCAAAGUCCGUCAAGGAAAGCGACUCCUCCAUUUGUGAAGAGAUCCAUCAGUGAACAGAACUCUCAUACCCUAGGCAUCAGUGAUGGAGAAAACUUCAGUAAAUUGGAAGGUAGACACCCUCGCCCUCCUCCUCCUCCGAACCCACCACCAAGAGGGCAACGACGCCCACCACCACCCCUCCCACCUAAUCUGACAAGUCCUACUAGUCCAAUGAGACCAGCGCAACCCAAUCCUCCAGGUCCAGCAAAGCCAAAUGUCCCAGUUCAGUCACAAGCUCCCAUGCAAUCUCAACAGACAUUGAUAACGAGGCAGUCACUAGAACUUGGAGCGGAACUGGGUCAGGGAGAGUUUGGCUCUGUUCUCAAGGGUGUUUGGACAGAUGCUAAAGGAAACAAGGUUCCAGUGGCAUUGAAAACUUUACAUCCUGAAAAAAUUGCCCUUGGAGAACAGGAAUUCUUACGUGAAGCGCGAAUAAUGUUCGGGCUAGAUCACCCAUGUAUUGUGAGACUUAUUGGUGUUUGUCUUGGGCCUCCGUUGAUCCUGGUUCAAGAAUUAGUUCAGAUGGGAGCGCUACUCGACUUAUUACUCGACCAUCAAUCAGACAUUUUUCAGGAGGACCUUAAACUGUGGGCUGCUCAGAUAGCGUGGGGUAUGAUGUACCUGGAGAAAAAGCGCUUUGUCCAUAGGGACCUCGCAACAAGGAACAUCCUCAUGUCUACCAAGCAACAGGUAAAAAUCAGUGACUUUGGUCUGUCUCGUGCAGUUGGUUCUGGAAGCGAUUAUUACAAGGCUUCACAGGGUGGCCGCUGGCCAGUAAAAUGGUAUGCGCCGGAAUCGAUCAAUUUCGGAACGUUCUCGCAUCAGAGUGACGUGUGGAGUUAUGGCGUGACACUGUGGGAAAUGUACUCGUUUGGUCAGUUACCAUAUGGAGAAAUGUCAGGAGGGGAGGUAAUACGCAUGCUAGAGGAGGACAACAAACGACUUGAAAGACCUGAAGCUUGCCCAGAACAGACAUAUUCACUGAUGUUACAAUGCUGGGAUUUGAAGCCGGAGAAGAGACCGACCUUCGCAGCGUUACAUAAUGUAUUCAGCACAAAUCCGUUUUACGCAGAUGUGAAGCUGCCGAUAAAAGGAUGAAGCGACAAGUCAAUCAAGAUAAAUAAACGAAUUAAUUAAUUAAUUAAUUAAAUGAUAAUAUGAUAACAUAAUUUAGAAGAAUAAGCGUGUAAAAUUCCAGACGGGAUGAGGCGUGAUAUGUUAGUGUAACGUUUUCUUGUAGGUUCUUGCGUGACGUAACGCUCUCACGAUGAAUGGAAGUUCUGGCGUCACGCGUGCAUAAAAUUUACUGUCCACAUUAGAUUUUAAUUCAUUUUUAAUCAACGUGAAGGGUGAACAAUUUUUAAAUUAGUUUCCUCGAAAUACCAAAAGAGAUCAGAAAAAAUAUUCAUGAUAAAUCGGGAAAUUAAAAUUGCAUUCUGUAAGUGACUGGAAAAAAAAGUGCCAUGCCCUGUUAGCCAUCCUCCUUAGAUUUCUAUCAAUUUACCUCUAAUUAACAAUUAGAUUAUUCGCUCUCGAUUUCUAUGAGGUGAUAGUUGACGAGGCCGA